AUGUCGAACGAGAACAAGUCCAAGCCCACGGUCCUGAUUGUCGGGGCCGGCCUUGGUGGCCUCUUACUUGGAGCCCUUCUUGAGAAAGCCAGCGUGCCUUACAAGAUCUUUGAGCGAACAUCUGUAGUCAAGCCCCUCGGGUCGGCUCUCUCGGUCGGACCAUUGGUCCUGCCAAUCCUCCAGCAGCUGGGCGUCUACGAGGAAUUUUUGUCGAUCAGCAAGUACAUGACCCACAUCGCCAUGCACAACGAAUCCCUAAAACCCUACAAGCCCACGGACUACAGUCUCGUUGAAGAGUUUACGGGAUACGGAUACUACAUCGUAACGCGCCCUCUACUGUACGACCUCAUCCUCCGUCAGGUCCCGCCCGAGAAGCUCCAUUUCGACAAGCGAGUCAACAUCAUCUCGGACCAGGGCGACAAAGUCAUUAUCCAGACAUCCGACAACGCCACCCAUGAAGGAGAUAUCCUGGUCGGCGCCGAUGGUGCCCAUAGUACCGUGAGGCGACAUUUGUAUGCGACCCUCAAGGCCAAGGGCGAAUUGCCCAAAUCGGAUCAAGAGGAUCUACCUUUUAGCUGCACAUGCCUAGUGGGUCAGACUACACACCUGGAUCCUGAAGAGUUCCCGGUCAUGAAGGAGUCUGUCUGCCAGUUUCAGAUCGUCCUUGGCAAAGACAAGCCCUACACUUGGAUUGUUUUCUCUACAGCUCAGAACACGCUCGCAUGGAUGGUCAUCAGGCAUUUGAGCCGUCAAACAAACAGGACGGAUAUGGGAUCACGUUUAAAGCGCAACGAGAGCGUGGAAUGGGGAUGCCAUGCCGCUCUGGAAAUGUGCGACGAUACUCGAAGUUUCCCUAUCCCCAUUGGCGACGGCAAGCUAACCCUUGGCACCCUGUACGAUCGCACCCCUAAGGAACUUAUAUCAAAGGUCAUGCUUGAGGAGAAGGUCUUCAAGACGUGGCAAUCUGGACGUAUUGUCCUACUAGGUGAUGCUUGUCACAAGUUGCACCCAUCCAGCGGUCAAGGAGCGGUGACGGCAAUGCACGACGCAAUCGCACUCGCAAACCUCAUGUACGCCAUCCCCUCAAACUCCUCCAAAGAUAUUACUCUAGCCCUGAGCGAGUAUCAAGCAGAGCGAUACCCCGCCGCUAUCGAAUCCUUCAAGAACAGUCAACAAGGAUCACGAGUCCUAGAAAAAGGUCCCACUGGGGCGUUGGCAUUGUAUAUCAGCACGCAUGCGCCGUUGUGGUUGUGGAAGAGCGUGUUGCAGAAGAUGCUUCGUUAUCGCCCGUUGAUUGGGUUCUUGGAUUCGAUUGAGCCCAAAGGGGCGGUUGCGCCCGUUAUUUCGCCUAGUACUGAGAAGGCUAGAAAGUUGUUUGAGAGACGUCGGAAGAGUCAAGAGAAACAAGAGACGAAGCAGGAGGUGGAGAAGGGGAAACAGCAGGAGGUGCAGCAGCAACGGGAGGCGACGCACGCUGUGGUUGCCUAA